UUCUGUGAGGCAGUGUACCCCUCGGGCGCUUGGCAGCCUCAAAUAAUAAAAAGCGAAAACCUUCCAUUUUCUUAAAAGAAGAAAAAUAAAUCUGCAAAGAAAAUAUAUUGUGGCUGAGAUUGCUCCGUAGCCACUAACACUCACUAUUUCUCCACCUCCCUCUCUCUCCGAUAAAUUUGAUUGUUUCCGCUUGCCCGAUCAAAGUUUGAGACAUGCCGAUCCACCAUUGCCGAAAAACUAUGGCUUCUCCGGCGAUUCCCCUGUGAGUUCACUCCCUAUGCGUGAUCCGAGUCAUGUCCUUGCCUCCAGAGUUCUUCUCCACCAUGGCUUUCUCGGAAGGUUUUGGCGUCUUCGGGUUCGUUUUGUAGCAUCAGCAUAUCAGCUUUUGUUAUUGACGACGGUGGGUUUAGUAUUUAGAGUAUUGGAGGUGGCGAGAAACCAAUGAAGGUUUUCGUUUGUUCCGUUGCUCAGUAGAGGUUUGAAGCAGCCGCUAGCUGCCCCUGUCCGGUAAUGGACACAUACUCCUCUGGGGAAGAACUGGUUACUAAGACAAGAAAACCAUAUACAAUUACAAAGCAACGGGAGCGAUGGACAGAGGAGGAGCAUAAUAGGUUUCUAGAAGCCUUGAAGCUUUAUGGGCGAGCUUGGCAGCGGAUCGAAGAGCAUAUAGGAACAAAGACUGCUGUGCAGAUCAGAAGUCAUGCACAGAAAUUCUUUUCAAAGUUAGAGAAGGAGGCUCUCACUAAAGGUGUUCCCGUAGGACAAGCUCUUGACAUAGACAUUCCGCCUCCUCGCCCUAAAAGGAAACCAAGCAAUCCUUAUCCUCGAAAGACAAGCAUUGGUGCUCCCAUAUCUCAGGUGGGAGCAAAGGAUGGAAAACUUUUCACCUCUGUUUCUUCCUCACAUUUUAAACAAGGACUAGACUUGGAGAAAGAACCACUUCCUGAGAAACCUAAUGGAGAUGAGAAAGCAACAAAUGCAAAAGAUAAUCAGGACAAAAAUUGCUCAGAAGUCUUUACCCUUUUCCAAGAAGCUAAUCAUUCCUCUGUUUCUUCUGUAAACAAAAGUUCCGUACCCACUCCAGUUGCACUCAGAAAUUCAUGCAUGUUAAUGGAGUUUAUCCCUUCAGCGAAGGGGGCAAUAAAUUCGGAUGAGAUAAAUGAAUCUUAUGUCACUGUUGAAGUUAAAGGAAAUCAGAAUUUAGAGAAAGCUGAUGCCGAACAGACAGUUCAGGAUACUGGCACAAGUAGAGGCUCAAAAUCGGAAUAUUCUAUUGUUCUACAUGAGAAAUCGUAUCAAGGUGAGAAAACAGAUGAUUUAAAUUGUGCAUUGCAAAUGGAUGAGAUGCAAGCCACUCAGAACUACCCAAGGCAUGUCCCUGUGCAAGUUCUGGAUGGAAGCCAAGGGACAUGUACCCAUACUCCUUCCUCAGAUAUGUCAUUCCAGGACUCCAUAUUUCACCCAAUGAGAGAGGUUCAUGGACACCCUAACCUGUUCACAAAUCCAGCUGCGUCUGCUACUACUGUACAUCAAAGUAACGUUCCCAGAUCUUCUGUUCAUCAAUCAUUUCCGGCUUUCCAUACUCCCUUUACCCCAAUUUGCCAUAACCAGGAUGACUACCGAUCAUUCCUCCACAUGUCCUCUGCAUUUUCAAGUCUUAUUGUCUCUACUUUGAUGCAAAAUCCUGCGGCCCAUGCUGCAGCAAGUUUUGCAGCUACAUUUUGGCAUCAUGCAAAUGUGGAGACUUCUGCAGAUUCUCCUGCAGGCACUGAAGGAAGUUUUCCAUCGAGGCAAAUGGGCUCUACUCCAAGUAUGGCAGCUAUUGCAGCUUCUACUGUAGCUGCUGCAAGUGCAUGGUGGGCAGCCCAUGGACUGCUUCCCUUAUGUGCUCCUCCUCUUCAUACUGCGUAUACCUGCACUCCUGCAGCCACAGCUGAUCCACCAAUAGAUGGUCAACCCCCAAAAGCCAAAACAGAGGGAGAAGAGAAUGCUCUUCAAAAUCCUCCCUUACAACAACUGGACCCAGAUUUUUCAGAAACUGUGCAAGCUCAACAUUCAGCUUCAAAAUCACCGACUCGGUCAUCAACAGACUCUGAGGAGAGUGGAGGUGCAAAGCUAAACAUUGGGUCAAAAGCUACUGAUCAUGAGAAUGCUGUAGCAGCUACUGAACUCCAUGAUUCAAACAAAACCAAAGGCAGAAAACAGGUAGACCGUUCCUCAUGUGGUUCCAACACAGCUUCAAGCAGUGACGUAGAGACAGAUGCAUUAGAGAAGCACGAGAAAGAGAAGGAAGAGUCAAAAGAACUUGAUGCAAACCAUCCAGAUUCUGAGACUAGUAAUCGCCGUUGUAGAAUUGCCAGCUACAUGAAUGAUUCCUGGAAGGAAGUCUCUGAAGAGGGGCGAUUGGCCUUUGAAGCACUCUUCUCUAGAGAGAGAUUGCCGCAAAGUUUUUCACCUCCACAUGAUGUGAAGAACAAGGGACAUCAGACGGACAAUAUCAGAGAAGACGAGCAAAAUGUAAAUGAGAAAGAUGGAAAUGCAUCACUGUUAGACCUCAACAGCCAAGAAGGCGGGCCUUGUUCUAGCCAACAAGGAAACUCAAAUCUUGGAUACAGCUACAACGGGGGUGAGGGGCUGCUGACACUAGGGCUUGGACACGGAAAGCUUAAGGCUCGCCGAACGGGGUUUAAGCCAUACAAAAGGUGUUCAGUAGAGGUCAAGGAAAACAAGGUGGCAAAUACCAGUAGCCAAGGUGAAGAGAAAGGUCCCAAGAGGAUACGCUUGGAUGGGGAGGCUUCUACUUGAGUUUUCACGUUGCACGCAAUCAAAGGAAACCUUUGUUGUUGCAUGUGAUUUCUGAUUUUGCCUUGCCUAUGUUCUAUUCUGUUUCAUUUGAUGUCCAGCUCACGAAACUUAUCGUGUACGCUUGUGUAGUAAAUUAAAUGUCUAUAUUUGCUGAUAUACUACCUUGAACCAUGACACUGAACUUGAAGACUUCCGUAAAUAGCCAAAGAUAAGAAUCGUGGCCUUGAUCUGGUCACCUUCCCCUAAUGGUAUGUCUGCACUCCGCAGCAUGUACUAAAAUUGUUUUGAGAAAAAUAUCAAAUGGGACGGUGCUUGUAGCUCAUUCCUACUGCACCGGAAUUUCGCUGA